AGGAAUGGAACAAGGUCGAAUAUAGAAUGGGAUUGACCAAGAGCGUUUCUUCACCUUCGUGGCAGUAUUUAUUAGGCAACCAAAUGUAUGAUUCUAAUAACUAAUUCAAAGGAAAGGCGGCCUCCCUAAGAAUUGGUGGCAGAGCCAGGACUUUAUUUGACCGUUUCAAUGACUUCGAAAUAAACAACACGGAGAACAUACGAACUUCAUUCUAACAUCAAGGGUGUUUUUGGAUACUAGAAUCUGAAAAAGAACUUGGUGUUUUUCUUUGCAAGAUCUUACUUUUACCAUAAUUUUUAUGUCGUUUGGGAGAUGGGUUCAGGAGUUUUGGCCCCGUUGUUGAUUCUUAGUAUACAGAUUUUGCAUACUCUAGCACAGACAGACAGUAAUGAUAGUGCUGCUUUAAAUGCUAUUAAAUCUAGCUGGAACAACUUGCCACCAAAUUGGAAGGGGGCAGAUCCUUGUGGCAGCGGUUGGGAUGGAAUUACUUGUAACGGUUCACGAGUGACCUCCAUAAUGUUAGGAGGCAUGCUUUUGACUGGUAGCGGCCUUGGAGAUAUUACAAUGCUCACUGAGUUGCAAACUUUGGAUCUUUCAAACAACAUCGGUCUGAAGGGCACUAUUCCAUCCUCAAUUGGAAAUUUGAAGAAGCUGUCCACACUAAUUUUGGUAGGUUGCAGCUUCUCUGGUCCUAUCCCAGAUUCAAUUGGAUCUCUGUCAAGGCUAGUUUACAUAUCUCUGAAUUCAAACAGCUUCAGUGGACCAAUUCCACCUUCCAUUGGUAAUCUGAGUAACCUCUCAUGGCUAGAUCUGAGUGAAAAUAAUCUAAAUGGAACACUUCCUGUCUCCUUUCAAGAUUCACCUGGUCUUGACAUGCUACUUAAUGCAAAGCACUUCCAUUUGUCAAAAAAUCAACUUUCUGGCGUAAUUCCAGCUGAGCUGUUCAGUCCAAACAUGAAGCUUAUACAUUUGAUUCUGGACAACAACCAAUUCACUGGGCGCAUACCUAACAGUCUAGGUUCUGUGCGGACUUUGGAAGCAAUACGCCUCGACUGGAAUUCCAUAACUGGAUCUGUCCCUUCAAACUUCAAUAACCUAACAAAUAUCAAUGAGCUGUACUUGUCUAACAACGAUCUGAGUGGACCUGUACCCAAUCUAACUGGAAUGAAUGCGCUCGACUAUUUGGACAUGAGCAAUAAUAGUUUUGAUCCGUCAGCUUUUCCACCAUGGCUUUCAAGCAUCCAGUCUUUAACAACAUUAAUGUUGGAGAACACUACACUUCAAGGACAGAUUCCAGUUAACUUUUUCAGCCUUCCACAAUUGCAGACUGUUGCAUUGAGCAAUAACAAGCUAAACGGAACCUUGAAUAUCGGCAACAGCUAUAGCAACAGCUUGGCACUUAAUUUGCAGAACAAUUCCAUCACUGACUUUCAGCAAAAAGCUGGAUAUAGUAUUGAGCUAAUGCUUUCUGGAAACCCAAUUUGUCAGGGAAAUGGAGCAGCACAAAGAUAUUGCAGACCACGAACUAAUAACACUCUCAUUCAACCAACAAAUAACUGUGCCUCAAUCUCCUGCAGUGCAAACAAAAUAUUAAGUCCAAAUUGUGGAUGUUCACAUCCGUAUAUUGGAACCCUACACUUCUUCUCUUAUUCAUUCUCAGAUUUACAAAACACUACUUACUACAGAACACUUGCUGGGUCUCUGAUAUCUGCUUUGAAGGCCAACGGAGUCCCUGUUGAUUCAGUCAACGUAAGUAACCCAUCAAUCGAUGUUUAUUCUUACCUCCAAUUCAGGGUGCAAAUAUUUCCUUCAGGCCAAGAUCCUUUCAACCGAACAGCCAUUUCUACAAUUGGUUUCCUGCUCAACCGCCAAACUUUUCAGCUCCAGUACUUUGGUCCCUUAUUCUUUCUUGAGGAAAGCUAUUGUUGUUAUGCAGGAGAGAAAAAUUCGUCACAUACUGGCACCAUUGCUGGAGGAUCAGUAGGUGGUGCAGUGCUUUUUAUGCUGAUACUGGCUGGUGGAUUUUAUGCCUACAGUAGGAAGAGAGCAAGAAGAGAGGAAAUGAAGAAUAAUCCUUUUGCAUCUUGGAACCCUGAUCAAGGACAUGGUGGUGUUCCACAGCUCAAGGGAGCAAGAUGGCUUACAUUCGAAGAGCUCAGGAAAUGUGCUAAUAACUUUUCAGAAUCCAACUGCAUUGGCUGUGGGGGCUAUGGGAAGGUUUAUAAAGGAGUGCUUGCUUCUGGGCAAGUCGUUGCCAUUAAACGAGCUCAACAGGGAUCAAUGCAGGGUGCUCUUGAGUUCAAAACAGAAAUUGAACUUCUGUCAAGGAUCCACCAUAAGAAUGUUGUAAACCUUGUCGGAUUCUGUUAUGACCAAGGUGAACAAAUGCUGGUAUAUGAGUAUAUUUCAAACGGUACUCUCAGAGAAAGUCUUUUAGGGAAGUCAGGAAUGCAAUUAGACUGGAUGAGGAGACUUGGAAUUGCCCUUGAUGCUGCCAGAGGCUUGACUUACCUGCAUGAGCUUGCCAGUCCUCCCAUCAUACACAGGGACGUUAAGUCAAACAAUAUUUUGUUGGAUGAUCACUUCAAUGCAAAAGUAGCGGAUUUUGGUCUGUCAAAACUUCUAAGUGAUGAAGACAAGGGUUAUGUCAGCACUCAAGUCAAAGGGACACUGGGAUACAUGGAUCCAGAGUAUUACAUGACCCAACAGUUAACAGACAAAAGUGAUGUAUAUAGCUUUGGAGUUGUGAUGCUGGAACUUAUGACUGCAAGAGCUCCAAUUGAGCGAGGGAGACACAUAGUAAGAGUGGUUCAGGAUGCAGUCAAUAAUCCAAAAGAGGCAUUUCUUAGUCAUGAGAUUCUUGAUCCACAAAUCGCUGCAGGAGGGAAACUAGGGGGUCUGGAGAAGUUUCUUGAUCUGGCAAUGAGAUGUGUCCAAGAAUCUGGAGCUGACCGACCAACAAUGGGUGAAGUAGUAAGAGAAAUUGAGAAUAUCAUGCAGUUGGCUAGUUUAAAAGAAAACCCUGAAGCAGAUGUCACUACAUUUAUUUCCAAGGAUUCAACGGAUAUGAGUGAUCAGCAUUCUUAUGGAAGCAAAGACUUUGACUACAGCAUUGGCUCCUUACCUUUCAACACAGAGCAUCACCAAAAGAACCGAUAGCAUAAUUUUCAUAUGUUUUCGAGGAACCAAGUUCCUCUUUCACAUAUUUGCCUGUUGCAGCCGGUUCUUAAGGUUUGAACAUCUAAAAGUUUGAGCCAUGGGAUCUUGCAUUCAGUCAAACUUAGUUUUAUCACAUAGUUUGUUUGUCCAUGCUUGAAGAUGCAAGUACAUUGUUUAGAUGCUGUACAAUAUCUGCACUAAGCAUCCAGAAAUUCUUUAGAGGUCAGCUGGGAUCGGAUGCUCGCUCCUAUCCAAGCUGAAAUGAGUAUUUGUUUGUAAUAUUUUUACCUGUUGAAGCCUUCAGUGUUUCAAACAUUCGGACAUGUGACCCCGUCUUGUCUUCAUCUUCA